AUGCACUCCAACAUAAUUGGCACGUCCAGUCCGAUGGCCCGCAAUCUGACGGUCACGUGCAGCGGAGAGGUGGCCGGUCGGCCUCCGGACAAAAUCCCGAAGUGGGUCCGUACGUCCGAAAGCAUUCACCGCUCCGGCGGCGUCCGCGCAAACCGUCCGUCUCUGGGGAAUCGCAAGGCAGCGCUGCAGAGCGCUGACGGGAAGCAGACUCUUCUCGAGAAGAUUUUAGGGAGUGCCGAAGCAACUAGGUUGAGGACUUGGGAAGGCCCCGCUUUGGUGGACCAGCGCUCCUGGAGGCACACGCUCGACUGGGCCGAUCCGGUGUCGUACCAAACGGACUUCCUUUGCGACGUGCCCUCGAGUCUAGUUCCGACUCUUUCCCGGCGCAUGACGAAGCUGAGUCUUAGCUUCGGUUACGCCGGUAGCUCUCCCGCUGCGCCGCCAGCCAGAAUAGAUAUUACAGUGGGGCCCGUGGUUCGGGAUGGGCCCUACAAAGUGGCGGCUUGUAUGGGUCCGCUAUACGGCAAACAGAGCCGGGCGCAGUGGGUCCAGUGGCUCGAGUUCCAUAUCCACAUCGCCGGUUUCGAAAAAUUCUUUCUCUACAGCGUCGACGAUACGGAGCAAUUGCUCGACGUCCUGCGAGACUACGUCGACGAAGGAACCGUCGAGGUGCGGCGGUGGGAGACGUUUGGGACGAGGGAGAAGUUCCUGGAGAGCAAACGGUACUACGACGAGCAGCCGCUGCGUUCGCACUGCAUAACCAGGAAUAGAGGGGUGGCCACGUGGCUGUCCUUCCAUGACGUGGACGAGUAUAUUUUCGUUCGGAGAGGGGCGCAGUUGGGAAACGUGGCGGCGCUCUUGGACGGCCUCCCGGAAGAAGUGGGUGCGGUCAGGAUCAUGAGGCACAGAUUCCCGGUGUCUAAGGACUUUGAGGGAUCGGGGUCGGAUCUAGUCAUCCAAAAGCACUUGAACCGUAGCGCGAUUUUCGACGAGAACCAAGGAAAGCCCAUCGUGAGGACGGAAGUGGCCCGGGAGGUCACCGCGCACGAGUUGGAGUUCUUUGAGAAUGGGCAAAGCAAGACGGCUGAGAAUAGCAUCACGCUGCCCAUCGACUGGGCCAUCAUCAAUCACUACAGACGCGAACCGGUGCAGGGAGAUCCGAACGAGCUGUUCGAUAGGUUCGCACGUAAACACGUUUAG